AUGACUGAAAAUUUAUUACAUGAUGAAAUUAACGAGGAUGACUCUCCUUAUUAUAUUCCCGUAACUGAGAGUGAUCAUUAUGUAUUCAAAUCUGUCCUUAAAAGCAACCAUAUCAGUCCAAUUGACAAGUCCACAAUGAAGACUUGUUUGGAUAUAGCAUAUGGUGGUGGUGCUUGGAUGAUGGAAAUGGCUACAGAUUUCCCCAACUGUCACUUUUAUGGGAUUGACAUUGAACCGCGCACACCAGAAGCGGUAUAUCCUCAUAAUUGCACCUUUGAAAAGGGGGACUUCCUCAAGAAGCUUCCCUACCCGGAUAACAUGUUCGACCUGGUUCAUAUUAGGUUGACAUUAGUUUGGCUGCCUAUCGGCAAUUUGCUCGAGGAAAUUGCCAGAGUAACAAAACCCGGCGGAUAUAUCGAGUUUUUGGACCAAGAUGUUUCGGCCUGCCCGGUAAAUGCUGGUCCUCUUAUGACUUCAUUAGUCAAUGCUUGGAAGGACAUCCAAAUCUCAAAAAAUAUCAACGUUGAUCUAUUGGUCAAUCUGGAUAAAACUUUAAUUGAAAAAGGAUUUGGUGAUGUCCAAAUUAACAAGUAUCCUGUCCCAAUGGGAAAAUGGGCUGGCAUGGUCGGUGAGUUUUUCUUAUCGGCCUUCAAGCUUUUCACUAUAAGCACUGCCUCGCUCACCUACGGCCACCUCAGUCUUCAAACUGAGGAAGAGUAUACUGAAUUGGUUCAAAAACUUGGAGCAGAAUGCGAAGAAUAUCAACCUAUCAUCAGCAUUCACGCUGGGUUCGCCAGAAAACUUUAA